AUGUCUUCUUUUAUUCGUUGGUACAACGCCAGAUUGGCUGCGCGUCCACUGCUUACUCAAAGUGUAACCACGGCAUUUCUGUUUGCUACUGGCGAUGUUACAGCUCAGCAACUUGUCGAGAAAAGGGGUGCUCAAAAGCAUGACUUGGUUCGAACAGGCCGAAUGGCCCUCUAUGGUGGCUUUGUCUUCGGUCCUGUUGCAACAACAUGGUUCGCAUUCCUCGCCCGCAGGGUUAAUGUGAGAAACAACAAGAAGGCCGAGGUUCUCGCCCGCGUUGCUUGCGACCAGCUUGGCUUUGCGCCUGUCAUGAUAGGUGUGUUCCUGAGCAGCAUGGCCACCAUGGAAGGCAAGAGCGUAAAGGAGCGCAUCGACAAGACCUGGUGGCCCGCUCUCAAGGCCAACUGGAUGGUCUGGCCUGCUGUCCAGGUCAUCAACUUCUCGCUCAUUCCCUUGCAAUAUCGUCUUUUCUUUGCCAAUAUCAUUGCUAUUGGCUGGAACUCAUAUUUGAGUUGGGUCAAUUCCCAAUAG